UUUCUCCCGCCUCUACUUCGCCCCUUCCGCGCGUUUUCUUGGGAAUCCAAUUGUCUGAACGUGUUUCUAUGGCAACCCUCCCGCUGUUCCCUUGAGAAAUCAAAAGCCUCCUCUUCUUCUAGAAAAGACUGAACGCUAAUUAGGUUGUUCUUCAGCAGAAUAAAAGCUGGACUUCAAUACCAGUUGCCACCUGACGCGUAUUCUGUUUCUCCUCACCGAAGUGCUCGGCGGGACCUCUAAAGACCGGGAUGUGGAGGAAAUUAGGGAGACAAUGAAAGCGUCCGCACAGCACUCUGGGAAACGUAGUCUUUGCGCUGGCGCAGACUAUCCCGCGUGGAGAAAUUCCGAGUAAGUUCAGGAGGCACUGAUAGUGGCUGUGACGCAGCACCUGUGACGCGGAACCUGUGAGAGGAAUCCGGUCUCUGGCUCUCCCUGGGCUGGGGUCGCGGCUGUUAACUGCGCACUGCAAUAUCGAGGGAAACUGAUGUUCUGACUGAUCCUACUUCUGGACAUUUUGGGGACUCAUUCAACAUGGCCAAGAAAUCAGUCCUAGAAGGAAGGAAGACUUUCUCCCAGUUUCCUUGUCCUUCCUGCAGUGCUGCCAGCUGGGAAUGUGGAGGGGAAGGAGGGGAAGGAGGGGGAGCUUAAACCAGACUGCUGGGCCUAGUUGGCUACUACUGAGUAAUUUGUGACCCUCAAGGACGGGGCCAUGGACUUCACUUUGGAGGACUGGGAGCAGCUGGGGCUGGAUCAGGAGGACCUGUUCUGGGACAAGGCACUGGACAACUACCAGAAUCUCUUCUUGCUGAACCCCCUGAGACCCAGCCUGACCAAUCCAGAUGGUGGGGAAGAGCUAAAGACCCUGGUGAGAGGAAGUCCAGAAGUGACAGGCCCUGACACAGCUGAGGCCAAGAUCUCCCUGCUGCAAGAAUUCUCAGAAGAAGGACUCUCUCAGGAGAUUACGGAGACAUUUUCCAAGGACGGCCUCUGGAACCCUAACUUGGGAGAAGCCUGCAUGGGUGAGAGCUGGUUGGAUAGUUUGCUAGGAGAUCCAGAAAGUCUUCUGAGCUCUGACACUGUCACCAACAAGGAUAGUUCCACAGAGUACACGGGUCAUAAACUCAAGAGCAGCCUCAGUCGUGAGUCCCUCCUUUUCACCAGAGAGGAUUCCCUGAUCUCUGAUGUUUCCGAGAAGAGCCUGAUGCCAGCUAGGUCUCAGGAGUGUAGGAAUGACUUCGAUUCCCACUCAGGCCAGAGUCAGCAAUAUACUACUGUCCAGGAAGUAGUGCAACCAUAUAAGUGUAGUGAAUGUGGGAAGAACUUCAGCCGGAGUUGCAGUCUCCUCCAGCACUGGAUUAUUCAUAUGAGGGAGAAACCACCUGGGAACGAAGAGGACGAGAAUGGUUCCGACCAGAGUCCUUGCCUUUUUGAGUAUCCAACGACUCAAACAGGCUACGCAUCCUAUGUGUGCGAAAAGUGCGGGGAAACUUUCAGUCACAACACACACCUUCUGUUACAUCAGAAAAUUCACACUGAAGAAGAAACAUGUAAGAGUCAGGACAGUGACCACCCAUCAGGUCCUGGCUCACAGCCUGUUGAGCAGCAUAAAACCCACAAAGGUGGUAAAUCCUAUAAGUGCAAUGAGUGUGGCAAGAGUUUCGGCCAAAUCAUUCAUCUUACUAGGCAUCAGAAGACCCACAUGCGGAAACGCUAUGAAUGUGCCAAAUGCAAGGCCGCCUUCAACUUUAACAAACACCUCCUGCAACAUCAGAAAGUUCAUUCUGUGAAAACUACCUCUGAGUGUCAGGAAUGCGGGAAGGCCUUCAGGCAGAGGUCAGCCCUUAUCAAGCAUCAGUCUGUUCACACUGGAGAAAAGCCUUAUAAGUGUGAUGAGUGUGGGAAAGCUUUCAGCUAUAUCUUGACCCUAAGGAGCCACCAAAGGGUUCACAGUAAAGAAAAGCCUUACAAAUGCAAUGAAUGUGGGAAAGCCUUCUACCAAAACACUCACCUGAGUGAACAUCAGAGGAUUCACACGGGGUACAGGCCCCACAAAUGUGACAAAUGCACCAAGGGUUUCAGCCGGCCUUCCCACCUGAUGCGACACCAGUCUGUUCAUGCCACAGAAAGGCCCUACAGCUGUGCCGAAUGCAAGCAGACCUUUAGCCAUAAUGAACACCUUGUUCAACACCAGAAAAUCCAUGCUGUGGAAGUCCGCCAUGAAUGUCAGGAGUGUGGUGAGCACUUCGUUUGCAGGUCGACCCUAAUGAGCCACCAAAGUGUUCACACCCAAGAACAAGGACUUGGCGAGAGUGGAAAGAUCUUGAAUCAGAACCUACAACAAAAAGAGCAUCUAGGGACUGGUGAGAAGCCCUUUAAGUGUAACAAAUGCGAGAAAACCUUCGACUGCAGCAAAUACCUGACUCAGCAUGAGAGGCUUCACACCAGGGAGAAGCCCUUUGAGUGUAACCAGUGUGAGAAAGCCUUUGGCCAAAGUACACAACUCAUUCGCCACCAGAUGAGCCACUCUGGGGUGAGGCCAUAUAAAUGUGGGGACUGUGGGAAGGCCUUCAUCCACAGCACCCCCCUCACCAAACAUCAGUGCCUACAUGAGAGCAAGUGCCCCUUUAAGUGUAAAGAAUGUGGAAAGACUUUCAACCACAGUGCACAUCUCUCAGAACAUCAGUUAAUUCACACUGUGGAGAAACCCUUUAAAUGUAACCAGUGUGCCAGAGUCUUUGUGCACAGUAAGUACCUUAUUCAGCAUCAGAGAAGUCAUACUAGAAAGACAUCUUUUGAGUGUAAUAAAUGUGGAAAGACAUUCAUACACCGCUGGCGCCUUUCUAAGCAUCAGAGGGUUCACACACGUGAGAAACCCUAUAAAUGUGGCGAUUGUGAGAAAACCUUCAGCCUGAAUGCUCUACUUAUUCGACACCAGAGAGUUCACACUGGGGAAAAGCCUUACUUUUGUCAGGAAUGUGGGAAAGCCUUCAGUCAGAGCUCAUGCCUUUCUGUUCACCUCAGAGUUCACACUGGGGAAAAGCCCUUCCUGUGUGUCGCAUGUGGGAAAUCCUUUUCCCAGAAAACAAAUCUGAGGCAGCAUGAGAGAAUUCACACUGGGGAGAAGCCUUACAUCUGUGAUGUGUGUGGGAAAGCCUUUGGCUUCAGAGCGCAUCUCAGUGAGCACCAGAGAAUUCACACCCAAGAGAAACCAUAUCAGUGUCAACACUGUCAGAAAGCCUUUCGCUUCUAUGUAGGUCUCCACCGACAUCAGAAAGUCCACACUCAAAAGUAACAAGUAGCAAUACUUCUUGUGGCUGCCAGGCUGCAGCAGGGCCCAACAUCUGAGACCUAAAGUUGAAACCAUCGCAUGGUAAGUCCAUCCUCCCUCCACCCCCUGCAAAAUAGAUAAGUCUCUUUAUUAAUAAAGAUUGACUAGGAAAAUUUGCACACAAGUUUCAUUAAAACAAUGAAAACACAAAAGAAGCUGUGUAGCAUCCAAAUUCAGAGAUAGACUCUGGGGACAGUCUGCUGGAUUAAAUCUCACCUCUGCCACCUAAGUGACCUGCAGACUCUUAUUAUCUCUCAGGACCUCAGUAUAUAAUAGUGACCUACCUCAGAGGGCUGUUGUGAGGACAAAUAGGUGCAAAGCACUUAGAACUGAAUGCCCUGCACAUAGUACUCACCAAGCAAGAGCUAUAUGUGUGCAUCACAUAUAAAUAUACUCUUUUAUGUUAAAAGGAAGAGAAGACUUAGCAACCUUCUCUUUACUGCAGUUAAUGUCAUAAUAUUUUUUUAAGAUUUUAUUUAUUUAUU